AUGUCGGGAUACUGGUGGAUUGAUAUGCUGUGCAUCAACCAAAAUGACAUAUCAGAACGAGGUCACCAGGUGGGAAUGAUGCGCGACAUCUUCCAGAAAGCGACUCUUGUUGUUGCUUGGCUUGGGCCUGACUACAACGACAGUUCGGUCGCUAUGGAGGACUUUCGCGGGCAACUCAGAGCCCUAAGAAAUCCCGAGUAUGAAUGGGAAGAUGACCAGCGAUAUUUCGAGCUGCAACUGAACCUCAGGCGCUUCCUCUCCCGGCCAUAUUGGUCACGCGUCUGGAUCAUCCAAGAGCUAUGUGUCGCCCAGCGGAUACUUCUUGCAUGCGGCAAAAGAACGGUCCCAUGGGAAAUAUUCCAAGCCGAAGCACAGGGUGACCCCGAACGCAGCACUCACCCCACCUUGAUGGAACUCAGGACCAAACUUCAAUCCUCCAAGAUGAGUCUCGGAUCGCUUCUGACAUUCUCCGCACAAUCUCUUUCCACGGAUCCACGGGAUCGGGUUUUCGGGCUUCUGGGCAUGGCAACAGGCGACUCAAUUGGCGGAAUAGUGCCUGAUUACACCAUGUCGCCAUGCCGUGUAUUUUGUUGUGCCAUCCGAGCGAUACGCCAUCGGUUGUCGUCCCGCCACGUCACCGCCGUUGAGGAAACCAGGAUCGGAGCCGCCGUCAAAAAGUGUUUGCAUAACCCGCAGAGCAAAGAUGAUAGUUCACGAGCGUACUGUGACGGGGUGGAAUGCAACGUGUGGUGGUGUUGUCUGGAAGUAGCUCUGUUUGAUUCUUGA